AUGGAAACAGAAGUAGUUUAUGAGUUGCUUCCUCUCCUAAGGGUUUACAAGGAUGGACGAGUAGAGAGACUCAGGGAAAAAGCCACCGUCCCUCCGUCGGUCGACGAGAAAACUGGCGUCCAAUCGAAAGACCUGACCAUUUCGUCAGACGGUGCCGUGUCGGCAAGGCUUUACGUCCCACAAGCGGCAAUGGGUUGUCCCCUGAGGCUCCCCGUUCUCGUGUACUUUCACGGAGGCCGCUUCAUAGACCACUCAGCUUCGUCACCAAUCUACCACAACCAUCUCAAUACCCUCGUCGCAGAGGCUAACGUCAUCGCCAUCACCGUCAAUUAUAGAAGGGCACCGGAGCAUCCUCUACCGGUGGCUUAUGAUGAUUCAUGGACUGCCCUCAAAUGGGUGGCCUCUCAUUCCGCUAGAAACGGCCCCGAGGAAUGGUUGAAUUCUAAUGCCAAUCUAAAGAAGGUCUAG